AUGGUUAUAGUUAGACUUAUGGAGAAGGCUAUUAUGCUUCUUCACUGCCAUCCAGAUGGAUAUGCUAAAGCAAAGGGUGCAGGAACAUCAGAUACAAAGGUAGAGACUAUAAGUAAAGAAUCGGAUAGGCGGCUUUUAUUAGAGACAGGAGGGGGUGAACCCCAAAGCAUUCUCCAAAACCAAGACCGCCGCUCUGAAUCGAAAGAGGAGACAGACAAACUCUAUUCGGAAAGUAUUCCCGGAGAAAGAGAAGAACCUUGUAUGUAUACUACGAUAUACGUGCAUACUCCAAUGCAGCCUUCCAGGCCUGCGAGAAUAAGUGAUCGGACUAGGAUAAGCAUUAUCGACUCGCUAUUCCUCGUCUUUAAAUGUGCAAAUAUCAAUGUACGAAGAGGUCUACCACCUCUUGUCCUAACACUAGUUCAUCUCGGUAUGAUGAUGGGUAGUCACAACAGCAAACGAAGAAUGAAGCCUUUUGAGACUAAAAGCCCACUGAGAAAGAGGCGCAGGAAAAUAUCAGUCGCAUUCACCGGGUGCAUACCUUAUCUUAGGUCUCGAGCUUCAAUUGGCUUCAAACCCGCUUUUCUCGCGUGGCCCUCCGGCAAAAAGAAAAGAAGCUUCAAUCUGUCCAAUUCCGCCCGAGAAGGAGUGCCGGUUUUGGAUUCUUUUUUUGCCCGCGCGUAG